AUGUCGGCCAUGGAAAAUCAUUUAUUCAAUCUAAAAUUUGCGGUGAAACAAUUGGAACGUGAAUCGAAAAAGUGUGAUAAACAAGAGAAACUAGAAAAAACUAAGGCAAAAAAAGCCAUUUCGGCUGGUAAUGUUGAUAUUGCCCGUAUUCAUGCCGAAAAUGCCAUUCGACAGAAGAGCCAAAAAGUUAAUUAUUUGCGUAUGAGUGCUCGCGUUGAUGCUGUUGCCAGUCGUGUACAAUCUGCACUAACCACACGAAAUGUGACUACUUCAAUGGCUGGUGUUGUUCGUGCUAUGGAUGCGGCAAUGAAGGGCAUGAAUUUGGAGAAGAUUUCAUCGUUGAUGGAUAAAUUUGAACAACAAUUCGAAGAUCUGGACGUACAAAGCUCGUAUAUGGAAAAUACCAUGUCGCAAACGACCACUACGGCCGUACCUCAAGGCGAUGUUGAUUCAUUACUACAGCAAGUCGCAGAUGAAGCUGGUUUGGAAUUAAAUAUGGAGCUGCCAAGUGGACCACAAGCAUCAGUCGGUCAAUCGACCCAAGUUUCACAAGAACAAGAUGAACUUACCCAACGUUUGGCCCGACUUCGUCAAACCGAAUAAACCAAAUACACAAAGAGAGCGCUAUAUUCUUUUCUUUUUCCUUUAUUAUAAAAUAUUCAAAUUUUAUCAAACGAAAACAAAACAAAAUAUAAUUCAUUAAGACAACGCAGAAUAUUGCAUCUCUAUUGCGUAUAAAUUUAUCGAAACUAUUUUCAAAUGAUGUUUAGUUUCGGCUGUAAAGAAUAUGGAAAAUAAAUGAAUAUUAUUGAUAUGAUGAA